AUGCCCGUACCUGAAUCCGAGUACCUGAGUCCGGUAUGGAAGGACGGCAUCUUUAAUGGCAGAGUCGCCUUUGUCACCGGUGGCGCUGGAACCAUUUGCAGUGCGCAAACCCGCGCUCUCGUCCGCCUCGGAGCGAAUGCCUGCAUUAUCGGCCGAAAUGUCGAAAAGACGGAGGCUAUGGCCAAGGACCUGGCCACCGCGAGACCCGGCGCCAAGGUCAUCGGUAUAGGUGGCUGCGACGUCAGGAAUCCCCAGAGCCUGCAGGAUGCCGCAGACAGAUGUGCUAAGGAGCUCGGCAGCAUCGACUUCGUUAUCGCGGGAGCUGCGGGCAACUUCAUCUCGCCAAUGUCCAGCAUGAGCCCUAAUGCCUUCAAGGCCGUCAUCGAUAUUGACGUCCUAGGCACUUUUAACACGAUCAAAGCCACAAUGCCCUAUCUUGUUGAAUCGGCAAAGAAGAAUCCCACGCCCAGCAAGAAUGGCUUAACAGGCGGCCGCAUCAUCUUUGUAUCGGCAACGUUUCACUACACCGGCAUGCCGUUGCAAGCCCACGUAUCAGCCGCCAAGUCCGCCGUUGACGCUCUUAUGGCCUCCGUGACACUGGAAUAUGGUCCUUUCGGAGUCACUAGCAAUGUCAUCGCCCCUGGCCCCAUCAGGGACACGGAGGGCAUGGAGCGCCUGUCCAGCAGCAAGGCGGACCAGGCCGCGGCUGAUGCCGUUAUACCCCAGGGCCGGUGGGGUUUUAUCCGGGACAUCGCCGACUCCACUGUUUACUUGUUCAGCGACGCCGGCAGCUUCGUUAACGGACAGGUGAUCCCCGUCGACGGCGGUGCGUGGAGGAGACAGGGCGCUCUAGCCGUCGGAACUGAUGCGGACAUGAGGUACCCGGACUUCCUGCUCAAGGGUGAAAUCUCCAAACAUGUAAAGAGUGGACGUAAGACGACAUCAAAGCUGUAA